AAAAAUGUAUAUGUUAGCCGCGCCCAUUAGUCUGUUUGAAUGACAAGCAAGGGGCGAACAGGAAGUGAGAAAGAAGAUACACUCUCAGGAAAUGAUCCAAAAAUAUCUCUUUAUUUAUUGUGAGACAACUUAAUUAUACACAACGAUUCCAAUCAACACCAUAAUAAACUUGUGGUAGUAAAGUGUGUAAAGUGCAUGGGGCGGAAGUAGCAGCGGGAGGUCCAAACAGAGACAGCUGACAGAGCGCGCUCUAUGACGCACACACGUCACUGAUGGCGGACCGCUGAGUCCCCAGACCCGCACACGGAGGGACAAACCGGACAAAGUCACAGAGCCUUACCCUCAAUACCAUCAGUAAAGCCUGAUCUCCGAAUUCCUUUAAAAUUAAACCCUCCUCGGUAAGAAUAGUUAGUAGUAUGUGGGACGGGACCGGCUCGGAGAGCACUGAGCGGGACCGCGGAGCAGAAGUAGAGUGAAGCAAGCGGGUCGAGCCGGCUGACGCACCGCAUGUUGAGCCAGCAAGUUGGCGUGCAGAAAAGAAGAGAAGAAGGAUCUAAUUCCCUUUAAAGUGGACUCUUGUUGCUGCAACUAUGAAAUUCGCGGAGCAUCUUUCGUCCCACAUCACCCCUGAGUGGAGAAAACAGUACCUUCAAUAUGAGGCAUUCAAGGAUAUGCUGUAUGCAGCCCAGGACCAAGCCCCAUCUACUGAAAUCACAGAUGAGGACACCGUGAAGAGAUACUACGCUAAAUUUGAGGAGAGGUUUUUUCAGACCUGUGAGAAGGAGCUUUUGAAAAUCAACACUUUUUAUUCAGAAAAGCUAGCUGAAGCCCAGAGGCGUUUUGCCACCCUGCAGAAUGAGCUGCAGUCUUCGCUGGACGCCCAGCGCGAGAGCAACUCUCCACCAGGGCUGCGCAAACGCAAGACCGUGUUCCACCUGUCGCAGGAGGAACGCUGCAAGCACCACAACAUCAAGGACCUGAAGCUUGCCUUCAGUGAGUUCUACCUGAGCCUCAUCCUGCUGCAGAACUACCAGAAUCUGAACUUCACCGGUUUCCGCAAGAUCCUGAAGAAACAUGACAAGAUCCUGGAUACCUCCCGCGGGGCCGACUGGCGCGUGGCUCACGUGGAGGUGGCACCGUUCUACACCUGCAAGAAGAUCACACAGCUCAUCAACGAGACCGAGACGUUGGUCACCACAGAGCUGGAAGGAGGAGAUCGUCAGCGGGCGAUGAAGAGGUUGAGAGUUCCUCCGCUGGGGGCCGCUCAGCCUGCUUUGGCAUGGACUACCUUUCGUGUGGGUCUGUACUGCGGCAUCUUCAUCAUCCUCGCCGUCGCCUUCACCCUUACUGGUGCAGUGUUCAUCCGCUAUGAGAACGUGUGGCCUCUGGUGCGGAUUUACCGGGGCGGCUUUCUCCUGAUCCAGUUCCUGUUCCUGUUGGGCAUUAACACAUAUGGGUGGAGACAGGCCGGAGUCAACCAUGUGCUCAUAUUUGAAAUCAAUCCUCGGAACAACCUCUCACACCAGCACCUGUUUGAGAUCGCUGGUUUCCUCGGCGUGUUGUGGUGUCUCAGCAUCCUCUCGUGUCUCUACUCAGAGUACCUCUACGUUCCCAUGCAGAUCAACCCCCUCAUCCUCUACGGCUUCAUGCUGUUCUUCCUCAUCAACCCCUUCAAGACCUGCUACUACAAGUCACGCUUCUGGCUUCUCAAGCUGUUGUUCCGGGUGUUUACAGCACCGUUUCACCGUGUGGAGUUCGCAGACUUCUGGCUGGCUGACCAGCUCAACUCGCUGGUGGUGGUCCUGAUGGACCUGGAGUAUCUCAUCUGCUUCUACAUCUUCGAGUUGCAGUGGAGCAACAGCAAGGGCUUGUUGCCUAAAAUAAACGACUCCGGUAACUUCGUGUGCCAUAGCUACUCGUACGGCCUGCGUGCCAUCAUUCAGUGUCUGCCCGCCUGGCUGCGCUUCAUCCAGUGUCUUAGGCGUUACCGGGACACCAAGAGGGCCUUUCCCCACCUGGUGAACGCUGGGAAAUAUUCCACCACCUUCUUCGUGGUUACCUUCGCCGCGCUGUACGCCACACACAGAGAGCAAGGCCACACGGAUGCAGACAUGUUCUUCUACCUGCUGGUCGUCUUCUCUUCGAUAAGCUCCUUGUACACACUGAUCUGGGAUCUGCGAAUGGACUGGGGUCUUUUUGACCGUGGAGCUGGAGAGAACACCUUCCUCAGAGAAGAGAUUGUUUACCCACACAAGGCCUACUACUACUGUGCCAUCAUAGAAGACGUGAUUCUGCGGUUUGCCUGGACCAUCCAGAUCUCUCUGACCACGAUGACCAAGAUUCACUCAGUGGGUGACAUUGUGGCCACUGUGCUUGCUCCUCUGGAGGUCUUCAGGCGUUUUGUGUGGAACUUCUUCCGUCUGGAGAACGAGCACUUGAACAACUGUGGUGAGUUCCGUGCGGUGAGAGACAUUUCCGUGGCUCCGCUCAACGCCGAUGACCAGACGCUGCUGGAGCAGAUGAUGGACCAGGACGACGGAGUCCGGAACCGCUCUGGCAAGAAGACGUGGAAGAGGUCUUACAGCCUCUCGCUGCGGCGACCUCUGCUGUCCUCCUCACAAUCCAAAAAGGACACAAAGGUUCUCAUAGAAGAUACGGAUGAUGAGGCCUUCAGCUGAACGCCUAACAAACACACACGUACACGUACACACAAAUACACACGCUAUCUUCUUUGGAUCUUCUUUACCAUCGCUGAUCUUUGGCCUAAACGUUCUGAAAUCAUCGCUGUGCAAUGAAAAUAAUCUUUUAAAAAUGUAAUUUUAAUUUAAAAAUGUCUGAUUUAUUGAAAUGUUAUUUUAUUAUGAAAACAAAGGCCAUGAAAGGAAUGUGUUUUAAGUUCCUUUUUUUUUAUUGGAACAACACCAGCAAUGAAAAGAAUGUUUAGACUUUUUUCAUUAAAAAAAAAAAAAAGAACACCUGCUAGCUCCAGAGUUUACUUUAUUUUAAAACUGGGGGGGGGGUAAUGAAUGUAUGUACGUACUUUAUUAUUAUCUGACUUUUUUAAAAGAUAAACAUAAAAACGUCCCAGGAUAAGCGGCAUAGAAAAUGGAUGGAUGUGUAGAAAAAAAAAACGUCCCUAAAUUUAAAGAUAUUGACUUUUUCAUUGCACAGCGACGGAAACCAGUGAGGACCUCACAAAUGAGACUUCAUCUUCAUGUAAACACACACACACACACACACACCAUGAUAAAGCACAAACAUUGUAUCACACUGGACAACACACAAAAGAAACCACACUGCCAUGAAUCGUCUUUUUUUCCUUUUCUGUCUGCUAGAGUUGCCAUUUGAUUUCAUGUAUGCUUUGAUUUAGCAGCGAGCUGCAUAGACGACUGUUUACAUGCCCCUUUGGACUACUGCAGGAUCAACAGGGACAAUGAAAAGACUUCUAACAAAUAUUCAGUGGAGACCUGAGGACGGACUCCAGCACACAGCAUAUCAAGAACAAAUCAACUGGUUUGACCUCGGAUUAUUUUAUACUUUUCCUGUUUGUUGCUUUUCUGAAAUUUGAGUUGUUAUAAGACAAAAAGUGCUGUCACGACGACGCUGUGGAGGCACUUGCGGGAAAAGUGCAUUUAAUAUACAAACUACGUUUUUGACACAAAUGUAAUAUAAAGGAACAUAACACAUUGAUGUGCAUUAAUACGGUUCUGUCAUAGUUAUGUGUUGUUUCUACUAGUAAGGCUACACAAUGAUGUCUUUUCUAAGGUGUUUUGGACACAUUUAUACUCCAUUUCUUCAGAUUAGUGCAAAAUGAAUGGUUGUGCUAUCUUCAAGUGCUCAGUGCAUGUUGCAUUGCUACUCUUUGCAUUAACUGCCAAAAGGAAGAAUGUGUCACGGCUUUGUCUACUUGUGUUUGCUUUCCAGCAGUCUGAUGACUAACUCAUGUUUAUGUCUACACUACUCAUCAGCCUCCUUCAAAAUAACAUACAGUUUUUACCCUUAGGUCCCAAUAAGGUCAUCCUCAUAAAAGUACACCUUGUAAAAGAGGGGAUCAUGGAAUUAAAAAAAAAAAAAUGGGGCCAUGAUGGAUUCAAUUAGCCUCAGAAUUCACUGAUAUAUAUCGGGAAACUGAACAGUCAAAUAAGCAGAAUUUUUGUACUUGAGGGUUAACUAGACUUUAACACAGAGACGCCGCAAAAUAGCUGCACCAGAGCCUGGUUUGCUUUUUACACAGAACACCACAAAGGUGGGAUGUGGUCUUUCACUUUCACACAGCAUCCCGCUAUCAGAUCAUUGGAUGUAUGACAUAUAAAAUACUUGCCCGACAGCGACAAUUGCUUUCCGCACAAUAGGGGUGACGUGUUUCAAAUUCACAUUACAGCAUUCCCUUUUACACAGGCACCCUCCCGUCCCUUAUACGAUCAUCCCUCCUCUUUUGGGUCAUUGCCAUUCACACAAUACAGCGGCACAAGGAAAAAAGGGUACUAUUUUGCUGCAUCUCUGUGUAAAAGAGGCUUGUGUUAGUGGGUCACAACUCGAGAUAACGUGCCACUGGUUCUUAGAAUAUUAAGAAUCGAAAUAAUUUGACUCAUUCACCAAAAUCACAAAAAGAGGAGCCACUUUUCCAUUUAGAAGCCAUUGAAACCAUAUGUGCUCUUAUUUUGGAAGUUUUUCAUAACUACACUCAAAUGGGGAAUAGCGAUGGACAGUUAACUAAAUGUCUUUCAUCAACCAUGGGGUAAAUCAAAUUACUUUUAAAUGGAAGGUAGAAUCUCUGAAUGUUCUGAAACUCCUGUUUCCAUGGCAGUGUUCAGCAGAAUAACGCAGCCUGCAGGAGGGAUGGAUAGCCCUCAUAGCUGAUGUCAUGUAGUUCAGCUUCUUUAGACGGCGACCAGUCGAGAAUGACUCCACAACAGUGCCUCUCCUGGUUGCAGCCAAGCAGUGCACUUCGUUUUGCCUCAAUGAAUUGACGGAUUCAUGGAUGCUCAAACUGUGGCACGAGUUACCGUGAAUGGUACACAGGUUAUAUAACAGACAUAUACUGUAUAUAUAAAAAUACAUAUUUUCCAAGAUUCGCUGAAAUUAAACUGUCAUUAAAAUAAGAAAUAAUGUUUAAUUCAUACGCCAUUGCAAGUAAAUGCAGCAUGUUUGAGGCUAAACUGUGAUGACAGGCGAAGGUGGACAAAACAGUGGUACUAAUGAAACUGUAAGUGUACGUUGGUAAACUUUACUUAUUCAGCGCUAUGGCCGUGUGGUCUACGCUCCAGUCUACCCGUGCGUAGGUUGUGUGUUCGAUACCCGCAGCUGACACUUUUCCCUAAUACGAUCGAUUAAGUCGUGCGUACCAAGACGGUCGUCCUUAUAGCGUCUCUUGCAACGCGUCAUUAUCGCUUUGACUUCCAUGUGUUUGUUGGUCUUCAUGGCGACAAUGUGUCAUCACCAGACGGGCACAGGAAGCAGCAGUCUGUUUCUUCUCUCUGUUGUCCUUUUAAAUGUAGAAGUCCAACAUUUUUUGUAAAAAAAAGUAAUGAAAUACACUGGAUACCAUGUUUGUUUUUUAGACGGCGUAAAAUACACGGCUUCACCACCACACAGUGUUUUGUAAAAACAAAAACAAAAAAAAAUGCUUUGCCUGCAUGCUGCUUUUUGUUGCCAAUGUACAUAGAAUUUAAUUUAUUGGACAUGAUGUGUAUAUUAGCAAUGAUGCAGCCAUGAUUGAUGUUGCCAUUUUGGACAAGCAGUAUUUUGUAGCUUUUUUGUGUGUGUUUGUAUUUUUUAAAAAAGAAGUAGAUAUGAAUAAGCGUAUAUUUGUGCAUGAAGGUAUUGUGGCUGUGGCAUGAGUUGUAAUGUGGACAGAUGCACUUUGACCCCACGGGAGGAAAACCGGAAACAAGGCCCAACUUUGUGAAAUGACGUUGAAGUGCUUCAUGAUAUUCUUCAUAGCCGUUGUCUAGACUAGCUGAAUGUGUUAGUACUCGUUCCAUGGAUGUUCUACUUUGAUAAGAUGUAAAGAUUGUGGCUCGUUGUGAUUUGAAGAGACUAAAGAAAAGAAGAAAAUGUCUUAUUCUCGCUCAUCCUCCAACUGCUUUUUCUUCCAGACUAGUUUGUACAUGUUGAGUGUGUAACCUGUUCUAUGAUGUCUUUGUAUUUCUGUACACACUUUGGUGAUCCUGUCAUAUCUGGGUUUUAUAAACCACCCUUAUUUUUAAAA